CCCCUGAGCCCGCCCCCGCCGCCCCGCCCCUCCAAACGGCAACUCCACGUCCAAAGGCAGCAGCUUCCAAGGUGGAAGCUGGGUCCCACUGCCAGGAAGCGGCCGGUGCGCGGGCGGCAGUGGACUCGGCCUCCACGUGCGCGCCUGCCCCGCUGCCCCGCCCUCUUCCCGGUGGCCGGGCCCGGGGACUCCCUGCCCGCGGACGGCGCCCCUCGUCCCGCGGUGGCCGUGGCUGGGACGUCCGCGCGCGGCCGCUCGCCGCGGGAUCACGCUCCAGCUCUCGGGGCCCGACGUGCCAGGAGCCGCGAGCCCAUGGAGGGUCUGGGCCGCUCGUGCCUGUGGCUGCGCCGGGAGCUGUCGCCCCCGCGGCCGCGGCUGCUGCUCCUGGACUGCCGCAGCCGCGAGCUGUACGAGUCGGCGCGCAUCGGCGGGGCGCUGAGCGUGGCCCUGCCCGCGCUGCUGCUGCGCCGCCUGCGGCGGGGGAGCCUGUCGGUGCGCGCGCUCCUGCCUGGGCCGCCGCUGCAGCCGCCCCCGCCCGCCCCGGUGCUCCUGUACGACCAGGGCGGGGGCCGGCACCGGCGCGGGGAGGCCGAGGCCGAGGUCGAGGAGUGGGAGGCCGAGUCGGUGCUGGGCACCCUGCUCCAGAAGCUGCGGGAGGAAGGCUACCUGGCCUACUACCUACAGGGUGGCUUCAGCAGAUUCCAGGCCGAGUGCCCUCACCUAUGUGAGACCAGCCUUGACAGCCGUGGGGGCCCAAGCGCAGCCCCGGUGCCCAGCCCAGUGGUGGGGCUGGGCGGCCUGUGCCUGGGCUCCGACGCGGAAUCCGAGCCCGACCGUGACUCCAUGAGCUGCGGCCUGGAUUCGGAGGGUGCCACGCCCCCCCCAGCGGGGCUGCUGCCGUCCUUCCCCGUCCAGAUCCUGCCCAACCUCUACCUGGGCAGUGCCCGGGAUUCGGCCAACGUGGAGAGCUUGGCCAAGCUGGGCAUCCGCUACAUCCUCAAUGUCACCCCAAACCUGCCUAACCUCUUCGAGAAGAACGGCGACUUUCACUACAAGCAGAUCCCCAUCUCGGACCACUGGAGCCAGAACUUGUCCCAGUUCUUUCCGGAGGCCAUCGCAUUCAUUGAUGAGGCCUUGUCCCAGAACUGCGGGGUGCUCGUUCACUGCCUGGCGGGCGUCAGCCGCUCCGUCACCGUCACCGUGGCCUACCUCAUGCAGAAGCUCCACCUCUCGCUCAACGACGCCUACGACCUGGUCAAGCGGAAGAAGUCCAACAUCUCGCCCAAUUUCAACUUCAUGGGGCAGCUGCUGGACUUCGAGCGCAGCCUGCGGCUGGAGGAGCGGCGCGCCCGGGAUGGGGGCAGCGGCGGGCAGGAGUCGGCCGCCUCCGACCCGCCCUCCUUCUUCACCACGCCGACCAGCGAUGGCGUCUUUGAGCUGGACGCCACAUAGGGCCCCGGGCCGCCCCCCAGCGGGUGCGCCCAGCCCAGCCACCCGCGUGCUGGGGAAGAGGCGGGAGGGGGCUCAGCCUGGGGGGGGCAGCGAGAGCACAAUACCUCAUGUGGAGCUGUGGGACGAGGCAGGAGCCGGGAGCCCCUCCUGGGGGGCGGCGGGGACAGACCUGUCCUACCCACUUGGAACAUCCACGGGAAUCCUAUUAAACGUGCCUAUGGGCCGGGCCUGGGGCCGCCGGCCUGACCCGCGCUGCUUGCGGGCGGAA